AUGUCGAGGUUCUUCUACGGGAUCAAGCGGAGGCGUGGGGAAGGGAUGUCUGGCUGGAUAGUGCGACAUGAUGAGGCCUUGUUGGAGGCGAAGAGGACGCUGGCAGAGGCGAUACAGGAGUAUGGCCCCGAGAUCAAGCACACCUCGGCUUCCAGAAACCCCUCAUGGCGCGCAAGCAGUCAAGGCCAGCAUCACGCCCCAGACUCCUUCAGUGGAGGAGCCCCAGACGAGGACAAUGAGGCUGGCCCCGCAGAUGAAGGCGACGGAGAUGGAGCCGAGUCAGCGGGUCCUCCGGAGGGCUCACGAGCAUCUGAGGACUGGCACAACCAGUGGUGGUCCUCCGAGUGGAGACCAUGGAGCUGGGACCAGCAAUCCGGCUCUGGUGGACCCUGGGGCUAUGGGUCUCAGGCAGGGGCUCAGAGCCGAAUGAGCUGGGAUGCGUCAGAGGCUGCCUCGGCACAAGCGGACAAGUUCCUCCCCGACUUCGUGAUAGCGUGGCUUCUUCUACAGAGGUCAGGACUGGAUGCGACGGAGAAGAGCGUCAUCGUGGCCAAUCUCCGGAACAACUUCACCAUGACCAAGGUGAAGGAAGCGCUGAAGUUAACCUGGCCAGAUGAAGAGCUACGAAAACGGGAUUCGGGAAAGGGGUCAGCUCUGCUUGCGGCGGAGGAAGAGGCCUUUAUGACCGAGGACUUCGAGCAUGAGGAGAUGGAGGUUCCAGAAUGGGACACCCAAGAAGAAGGGUAUGCUUACCAGGCGCUGGAGGACGAUGCCCAGGAGGCCCUUGCUGCCCUUGACGAUGCUCGCAGGACCUUAAAAGAUGCUCGAGAAAAGCAAGCGCAGAUGCGUCGAAACCGCAACUUCUUCCCGAACAAGAACAACAGUGAGCAGAGAUCACAAGGUCGGAAGCCUCCCAUCAAGUACUUCAG